UUGGUUUAUCGAUUGAUUGCUUUUUGUUCAGUACCAGGGGAUGGUGGCAGUCAGCUGGAAGCGAAUCUCACUGGCAAACCGACAGUGGUUCAUUACAUCUGUUCAAAGCAGACCACUGACUACUUUGAUUUAUGGCUGAAUCUCGAGCUUUUUACCCCGCUGGUUAUCGAUUGCUGGGUUGAUAAUAUGAUGCUUGUGUUCAAUUCAACAUCGGGGAUGUCAUCAAAUAUGCCAGGGGUUGAUAUACGUGUUCCAGGUUUUGGAGGUACAAGUACUGUGGAAUGGCUCGAUAAAAGCAAGGCAUCUCAAGGACUUUACUUCUACACUAUUGUGGACAUGAUGGUUUCAUGGGGUUACAGACGUGGGAAAAACAUUAUAGGAGCACCAUUUGACUGGAGACGCUCACCAAAUGAGCUCUACAUCUAUUUCGAUCUUUUGAAGACUACUAUUGAAACUACGUAUCGUUACAAUGGCAAUACAAAAGUCAUUACUCUUGGCCAUAGUAUGGGUAAUCCAAUAAUGCUUUAUUUCUUCAAUAACAUCGUAGAUCAGGCCUGGAAGGACAAGUUCAUUCAGUCACAUGUUUCACUGGCUGGCGCAUGGGGUGGAUCGAUGCAGCUUGUACGACUUUUUGCUUCGGGAUACAAUAUGAACUACUAUAGAGUGAUAUUACCACCUAGUAGUUUGAGAGGAAUGCAGAGGUCUUUUACUUCAUCCGCUUUUCUCUUUCCCAGCAGAGCUGUUUGGAAUGAUACUGAAGUACUUGCUAGUACUGCCGAAAAGAACUACACGAUGGCUAACGUGCAAGAAUUCUUCCAUGACAUUAACUAUCCCACUGGCUGGGAGCAGUACAAGGUAGCAGCACAGCUGAAUGGGAACCUGAAUGCACCUGGAGUCAAGCUACACUGUAUCUAUGGUACCGGCAUAGCCACAGCAGAACAGUUCACAUGGCCCAAAGGCUAUUUCCCGGAUUAUCAGCCAUACGUUAUGUACGGAGAUGGUGAUGGCACAGUAAAUCGCCGAUCAGCAGAAGUCUGUCUUGGCUGGAACGAAACCAAUAACAAUGGAAAACCGGUUACCUUCCAUGAGAUCCCCAACGCUGAACAUAUGGGAAUUCUGCAAAGUCCACCAGCAAUUGAGAUCAUUCGAAAGGCUAUAUACGAUCUCCUAUGA